GUCUAAACAACAAAUCAUCACACUAUCACUCAUUUGUAUAUUUCUGACUGAGGUUAUUGGCUUCCUGUCUAUUAACAGGAAAGAUGAAUCAGAUUAUCAUUUGAGCAGUAGAAGAGAAGAUGCUUUAACCAAAACUGAUUUUAGUUUUACAAGCACCUUUUAAAAGCACUACACAUGAUGUUGAAAAUAUUUCCAGUAAGGGUAUGAUUUGAGGAGAGAGCAAAAAAAGGAAGAGAGAAAACGUCAGGAAGCACUGAGAUCAAUGUGUUUCCUGAACAAAUUCCGUUUUAAUCAGAGCACCACCUGAUCUGGGUCAGUCGACCCCUCCACAGACAUCAGAGAGAAAUCAGAAGAAAGGAGAGACAUAUAGACAAGAUAACGUGAGAGACAAGUGCAUCUUGUGCCCACUAUUUUACUUGUAUGUCUCACUUCUCUGAAGCUCACCAUGAAGCACUCCACAUCAUCUCCAGAUUCUGAGUUACAGUACGUAGAGUAUGAUGACUACUUAAACACUUCUUCCAAAGACGAUCCCAUACAAGAUGAGAACUAUGCCCCCUGCAGUCUGAAGGAUACAUGGGCGAUUCUUGGUCGUUUUGCCCCCGUGGCUUACAUCCUGGUCUUUAUCCUGGCACUAGUGGGUAACAUUCUGGUUCUGUGUGUGAUCCGACGCUAUCGGCAGUCUCGACACAGCCCCUGCUCUUUCUCACUGACAGACACCUUCCUACUCCAUUUGGCCAUCUCAGACCUCCUACUGGCUUUAACGUUGCCAUUUUUUGCCGCUGAGUGGAUCAACGAGUGGGUUUUCGGUGUAUUCAUGUGUAAAAUAGCUGGAGCAUUGUUCUCGCUGAAUGUCUAUUGUGGGGUGCUAUUCCUGGCCUGCAUCAGCUUCGACCGAUACUUGGCCAUUGUACAUGCCAUUAAUAUCAGCCGGAAACGUAAGACCUGCCACGCUCAGCUGGCCUGUGCCAUCAUCUGGAGCGUCUGCCUGGGAUUGGCGAUGGUGGAUGUGUACUACCGUUACGUGGUGAAUGUAUCCGGCAUAAACCGGUUGAGAUGCCAGUUAGAAUUUUCUCAAGAGAGCAGCCAGCAAUGGCAGAUCGCCAUGCAGCUGGUUAGCAUGAUUCUUGGAUUCAUACUUCCCCUAUUAGUCAUGCUGUACUGCUACCUUCACAUUUUCAAAGCACUGUGCCACGCCACACGUAGACAGAAACGACGCUCGCUGAGGCUCAUCAUCUCAUUGGUCAUUGUGUUUGUAGUCAGUUGGGCGCCUUACAAUGCCUUGCGGAUGACUGACAGCUUGCAGAAGCUUGGGGUUAUUGCCAAAACCUGUGCACUUCACAAGGUGCUAGAUGUGGGCAUUUUUGUAACAGAAAGCCUGGGGUUGGCACAUUGUGCUUUAAAUCCACUACUCUACGGCCUUGUGGGGAUAAAGUUCCGUCAUGAGCUGGCCCAGAUGUGCAAGGCUGUUUUAGGACCUCAGGGGUGCCUCGGGUUAGCAGGAUGGGCAAACGGUCGGGGAUCAACUCGCAGGCCUACUGGAUCAUUCAGCUCAGUGGAGAGUGAGAAUACCUCGUACUUCUCGGUCAUGGCCUGAAAAGAGUGCAAAUGACACGAGCAAGCAUGCAAGUAUACAAGUGACAGCUGUUUUUAUCUGGAAUUAGGAAGAAACCACAAUUUCAGUUUUUGUAAUCUGAUAGAUAUGAAACCUCUUUCAUGUUCUUUUUUUUUCUUCUUCUUUUUUUUUUGCAUUUUCUAAUGCAGUCUUAACGUCCAUUCUGUUUGAGGAGAUUUUGUCAUGCAUUUUCUGUUAUUAUUGUUAAAGAUCUACACGCAUGUUUUAAAUAUGAAUAAGAAUGUCCAAAAAUUGCACCAUUUCUUUCCAUUUUUGCUUCAUUUUUGCUAUAAGCUCUGUCUUUUAUAUUUUCCAAACAUUCCAUAUUGAGGUA